AUGGAACAUGAGUUGCUGGAGUGUCAGAAGGAACUCGAGGAGAACAAGGCAGAAUUUGGUUCAGUGAAACUGGAACGAGACAAGCUGCUCCUUGAUAAAGAUAAACUCCAGUCCGAGCUGAAUGAGCUUCGUCAAGGAGCACGUGAGCAAGAUGAUGGUUGUGAAAGCAGCCAGGCGGAUAGCUCCGAAAGCAAUAUUUCACUAUUGUCAGAUAGAGGCAUGGAGAUAGAGCGACUGCGCGCGACGGUCUACCAGCAAAGCAUAGAUGAAAAGAAAAUACGGACCAAGCUCGAAGCCGAAAUUACCCAGUUACAGGCCGAAAUGAAGCAACGUGAAGAGGACAGCAAAAGAAAACUGGAGGAAAUGACGCAGAUGAUGGAACAAAAAUCGGCGCAGGCUGAGAUCGAACUGCGGAGACGUGAUCGUUCAAUCCGGUUACUCCUCAGAGAAAAGGAAGACAGCAGCACUUUGCGACAUGAUGCCACUAACUUACAUUUGUGCGCGCAAGAAGUACUGGAUAGCCUGAACGAGUUCGGCAAAGAAGGUAAGGCUUUUCGAAAAGAGCUGUAUGAAAUUAUUGAGAAGAAUAAUCUCGACGUCAAUCUGGGCGGUUCUGCUUUAACUGAUGAUGAUGCCUCCGAAUGGAAUACUUUUCGGUGCGAUCGUGAAAAUGACAGAGUGGCUGCAUUUUUGGCACAGGGUAAGUAUGCAUCGAAAAGCGUGAUUGAUCAAGAAUUGGCAGCGAAAAUCGCUUCACUUGACAUCGCCAGUAUUGAUGGGCAGGAAGCAGGACAUGUAUCGGGAGAUGCUUCGCAACGUCAUCCCUCCAUUGCAGCUUCUGACGUGCUAAAUGUAACAUCAACAGCCGAACUGUUGAGCAUGUCACAGGUGGUCGUCGAGAAUCUU